GGCGGGAAGACAGGCGACAAGUUUACAUCCAAAAUAAGCUCAUUGUAACGUAUUGGGUUUAUUUCGGACAGAUUUUGGCGAGAGUGAAAACUCUCGCUUCGCCUCUUCCUCUCUGCUAUAAACUGCUAUGCCUUCUUUACGCGUGGUGGCUCCUUAAAGAUAAACGCAGUGAGAAUGAAUUUGAGCCGUGCUGCGCUGACGUAGGGGACUUUGGCGUAGACCCAGACGAGGGUACAGGAGAGGAGAAUAACGGAGAGAAUAAGGACUGUUAUCCUGGUUUUAUUUGGCCUAUGGUUUUGCAGGAAAUGUUCUUGGCAUUUUGAUCAACCAAACUGGACAUGCGGUACAAAUUUAUUUGCUGGKGUACAAUGACCUGUGUUCCAUUUAUUGAGAUACAACAUCAUAUUUUACAUAAUCAAUUGUAAACUAUACCACAAAUUAGAAUGUCCUUCAUAGUGACGUUCAAAAUGCUUAAUUGAACUAUUCUAGAUAUACAAUCUGAAAACGUAUUAUUCUGUCAAUGUGCCAAUAUUAUUAUAGAGUAGCUACUCCUCGAAAGAAAUAAAACAAUUGGGGAUUAGUUAGCCUAUUUUUGCGCCAUAUUCUAAAGUAAAAUCGACGACGGUCUCUGAAAAAUAUAUAACUGAGUCUCAGAGAGAGGGAGGGGUUCAGUGACCCUGCGGCCGGACAUUGGAGAGGGAGGGGAAAAGUGACAUAUCCCCAGGACACCACUGCCUCUUCUUGCGCUCUCUCUCUGUUCCCCUGGAGAGCACGGAGGGGGACUUGAACGGCAAGAGWCACAUCAUGCAACAUAAUGGUAAUGGGAAGGAGAAGCAGUCGGUGAACCAAUCCGACCCUCAGCUCCAGGGGACGACUGGUGGCAGCGGACCACACAUCCCAGGCAAUGACACCCUAAGCGGUCCCACACUCUUCCAACUGCCCGCUCAUUCCCAACUGGAGUUCAAACGCAACGCAGUCACAGAGGACUACAAAAUAACAACUCAAGUACUAGGACUGGGUAUCAACGGGAAAGUGCUGGAAUGCUACUGCAAGAAGACAGGGGAUAAAUGUGCGCUCAAGAUUCUGCAUGAUAGUCCUAAGGUGCGGCGGGAGAUGGAGCUUCAUUGGAGAGUGUCGGGGGGUCCAUACAUUGUUCGCAUCCUCAGCCUGUAUGACAACAUGCACCAGGGGGAAAAAUGCCUGGUUAUCAUCAUGGAAUUGGGCUCAUCAGAGGCUUCAGAGAUCAUGAGGGACAUAGGUACGGCCAUCGAGUACCUCCACCACAUGGACAUAGCUCACAGAGAUGUCAAGCCUGAAAAUCUGCUCUACACCACCAAGGAGAGCAAUGGUGUUCUGAAACUGACUGACCUCCACAACUCCCUCCAGACACCCUGUUACACCCCUUACUAUGUUGCCCCCGAGGUGCUCGGGCCAGAGAAGUAUGACAAGUCAUGUGACAUGUGGUCUCUGGGCGUGAYCAUGUACAUCCUGCUGUGUGGAUUCCCUCCGUUCUACUCGAACACGGGCCAGGCCAUCUCUCCAGGGAUGAAGCAGAGGAUCAGGAUGGGCCAGUACAACUUCCCUAACCCUGAGUGGGCCGAAGUGUCGGAGGAAGCUGAUCAACCAGCUGCUGAAGACAGACCCAAACGAGAGGAUGACCAUCGGGCAGUUCAUGAACCACCCCUGGAUCAAUGUGAGGGUGCUGCUUACUGCAUGUCUGAGAACACUGUCUGAGUGCGGUUGAUAAUAUGAGACCCGUGU